AUGUCCUAUUCUCUUUCUUGGGUGAUCAAACUAAUCAUAAAUAAAUCUCAAUCCAAACACAAUUGCCUUUACAGUAUCGGAUUAAUACAACUAGGAAAUUAUAUUGCCACUAAUUUAAAUAUUCUUUCAGAGGUAUUAGGAAUAAGUAUAGUAGAACUCCAAUUAAAAAUAGCAUCAUGGAAAACGGUUCUAUGGGACCCUCAUGAUAAAAAUGCCGUUCUUUCAGAAUUUGAUAAAAAUCCUAUUCCACAACAAUGGCAACUGAUACAAUUGAAUUCAUCAGACCCGAUUGUACUAGCUUUCUCAACUCAUCCAAGAUUAGAAACUCCACGUGUUAAUAGGGUUAAUCCACAAAGGAAUGUGGAUAAGCAAUCUAAAGCAUCUAACACAGAUACACAUAAAAGUUCUGAAACUAUUUCAAGUAUAAAUGAACGUUUUGUCAGAAAUAUAAUUAAUCAAACCCCGCCACCAAAGAAUAAUUCACAAAUUAGCAUUCCUCCAUUACUCACUCCUCAGCAUCCUUCACCUCCACCGCCUGAGCCGAAGAAAACUUCUAAAAGUUCUAAAGGUCAACGCUGUAUAGCAGUUGGUUUAUAUACUCAUUCAAUUGUCCCUGAGAAAUGGGAAAUAGAUACUUCUCCACUUGAAAGAUAUGAAUUUUAA